AUGGAAAAGUGUCUAGCAGUUGGAAUGCAAAGAGAUCAAAUACAAGGACCUCGAGAUGUUAUUGAGAAUCCAAAGAAGAUGAAAAUGAUAGGAGGGCGAAAUUCGUCUUUCGCGCCUUCUGAAAACAGUUAUAAAUUGAGAAUUGAACCAGGAAUUUGUUAUCGCCACCUCGAUCGUAUCCACUGUACCACUGAAAACUACCGUAACCUGGAAAACACAAGACUCUCUGUAUUCAACAAACAUCCGAAUGCCUCCAAGGAACUCGAUGUGCACGAGUUCUCUAUUGAAAUCAUGACAGAUAUCAAAUUGAUUUGGAGACUUUGUGAGACAACUUUCCCGGAAUUUAAUGCUUUAUGUCAACAGGAUAAGAAAACGUUAUUUUACAACUUUAUUAUCAAAUGGAACAUACUGGAGCUAUCGAUUUAUUCGAGAAAAUACAAUGAUCCUACUAAAUUCUACUCUCCUUCUGGGGCAGUUGCUAAACCUGCUGAUCGAUUUUAUGAGAAUGGGAAAUUGAGUAAAAACGAGAUCAAUCAAAUAUUCGGACCAUAUUGGGCAUAUCGAUAUGAAAAUGUGAAUAAUCCAUUGGUUGCGAUGGGGUUUGAUGAGACUGAGAAUAUGGCUUUGUUGGGGAUAUUGUUAUGGGAUCCUGGAUACACUAAUAUAAAUGAGAGUCUGGCUGAAACGUGUCAUGCAAUGCGGAAAAUAAUAUUCAGAGAGUUGAAUUCUUGUUAUGAAAGUUCAGAAGAUGAGACAACUUCCAGAAAUUUCUUCACCAUUUUGGAUUCAUUGAGUUUGAUAGAGCGAGCCGAGCAGAAAUGUCGAGAGGAAAUCCAUCUGUGCGGAGUCCAUAAGAUUGAGUUUGAUCAAGAAAGGAAAAAUAUGAUAUUGUGGGACAAGAACUAA